AUGAGUAUAUUAAAAAAUCAAAUUAAAAAUAUAGAAAACAAUAUCUCAUUUAAAGAAAAAAAAAUUGAGACCUUAGAUAAAGAAAUUGGAGAAUUAAAAAGAGCGUCUAACGUAGUUUAUGAGAAAUUAAUAAAUCAGAAAGAUGUGUUUUUAAGAAAGAGGAAAAAAAAUAUAUUAACGGAACUGAAAAUAAAUAGUUUAAAAAAAGAAAUUAUAGAAGCAUGUAAAUCUGCUGAACAUACCAGUGGUAAAAUAACAUCUACCAUUGAAGAAUGGAAAGGAAAAAAAUUGAAGUUGUACGAAAACGAGGUAGCAAUAAAAGAAAUAAAUCAUAAUGCAAUUGAACAAAAUAGCAAAUAUCGUGAAAAGAAUGAUACAGUAUUGUCAAUUUUAAACAUUUUUCUUACAGAGAAAACAAAACAUAACAAAGAUUUGAAAACAUUACUUGAAAAAAAAAAGGAUAAAAUUAAAGCAUUAAAAAAAGAAGUUAAUAAAAAGAAUAAUCAGAUUAUUUCAUUGUGCAGAUAUGUUUUAAUAUUAGAUAAUACAAUGGUUUCUAAUUUGCAUAUAAUCAGAAAGCACAUAAAUGAAUUAAUAGCAUUUCCUUAUAUAAAAAAUCAUAAAAGGGGAGAAACUUUUACUCCUCUUAUAUGUUUAAAUCUAAUAGAUGAAGUAAUAGAAAAACAAAAACAAAAAAGAGAUUUAAUUCAGGGUCCACAUUAUAGUGAUGUCGGUGAAAUACAAACAAGUGGAAACAGUACUCCUAAAAAUGAGGAUGAAAAUAAGUUAGAACUUGCACUAAAUACCCAAGAAUUUAUAGAGUUAGAAAACUUCUUAUUAUGA